CUAAACUUACGCUGUGCUUUUGGGAGAGUUGAGCUCAUGGAGCAGGACAAGAGAGCCAAGGUGCUGUGCCUGCACGGCUUCCGCACAAGCGGGAGUUUUUUGAAGAAACAGAUCAGCAAAUGGCACCCUUCCAUAUUUCAGCAGUUUGAGAUGGUCUUCCCUGAUGGCCUCUUCCCAGCUGGUGGAAAGUCAGAGAUAGAGGGCAUAUUUCCACCACCAUACUUCGAGUGGUUCCAGUUCAAUAAGGAAUUCACUGAAUACACAAAUCUGGACGAGUGCAUUUCAUAUCUAUGUGAUUACAUGGUGAAAAAUGGGCCUUUUGAUGGCCUGCUCGGAUUCUCCCAGGGCGCAACACUUUCGGCCCUUUUGAUAGGCUACCAAGCACAGGGCAAGUUGCUGAGCAAUCAUCCACCAAUUAAGUUCAUGGUCUCAAUAUCUGGGAGCAAGUUCAGAGACCCAAUCAUCUGUGAUGUCGCUUACAAAGACCCGAUCAAGGUGAAAUCAGUGCACUUCAUUGGAGAAAAGGACUGGCUCAAGGUACCUUCCGAGGAGCUGGCUUCUGCCUUUGAUGAGCCUCUCAUCAUAAGGCAUCCUCAGGGUCACACUGUCCCUAGGCUUGACGACGUGUCUGUGAAACAGCUUUCUGAAUGGAGCUCACACGUCCUGGAAGACCUCAAGAGUGCAGAUGUUCCUGAGGCCUUAGAUUCAGGCAAACCAUCUGAUAAGGAGGCUGCUGGUGCGGAAUUCACAGAAAACCUGGUGAAAGCUUGAGGCAUGCUCACUAGUCACUUCAGCCUUGUUCGAUUAUUUCUAUCUCACAUGGAUUGACAUCGAAACGAACAAUCCCUUCCAUGGCAUGGCUGCAUCUGGGACUUGUACCGUUUUUACUAUGAUCUGAGUAGUGCGUGGAACUUGUUUGAUCGCGUGUGUAUUGCAUUUGGCAAAGCAAUAAAUCGUUAUUUAGAGCUACAAC